CAGGGAAGAAGGAAGUGUGGCCAAGUGGAACCGAGAUCUGCUAACACACAACACUUCUGCGGUUUUACAGAAGAAUAUCUUCCUCAACCAUGGCACAAGCGGAUAUUGCUCUGAUUGGUUUGGCCGUGAUGGGACAGAACCUGAUCCUGAACAUGAACGAUCACGGCUUUGUUGUAUGCGCUUACAACAGGACGGUGUCCAAGGUGCAGGACUUCUUGAAGAACGAAGCCAAAGGCACUAAAGUGAUCGGUGCAGAGUCUCUGCAGGAAAUGGUUUCUAAACUGAAGACUCCUCGACGCAUCAUUCUCCUCGUCAAGGCCGGACAAGCUGUCGAUGAUUUCAUAGACAAGCUGGUGCCUCUUCUGGAGUCUGGAGACAUCAUUAUCGAUGGGGGCAAUUCUGAAUACAGAGAUACAACACGUCGGUGUAAAAGCCUAAAGGAGAAAGGUCUGUUGUUUGUGGGAAGCGGAGUGAGUGGAGGAGAGGAGGGGGCACGCUACGGACCAUCGCUGAUGCCUGGUGGACACAAGGAAGCAUGGCCACACAUAAAGGACAUCUUUCAGAGCAUUGCUGCUAAGGUGGGCACAGGGGAGCCAUGUUGUGACUGGGUUGGCGAUGAGGGCGCGGGACACUUUGUGAAGAUGGUCCAUAAUGGCAUUGAAUACGGUGACAUGCAGCUGAUCUGUGAAGCCUACCACCUGAUGAAGGAUGUGUUGGCUAUGGAUCAUGAUGACAUGGCAAAGGCUUUUGACCAGUGGAAUAAAACAGAGCUGGAUUCCUUCCUUAUCGAGAUCACUGCAAACAUUCUGAAGUACAAGGACUCUGAUGGCACUCACCUGCUGCCCAAAAUCAGAGACAGCGCUGGGCAGAAGGGCACAGGGAAAUGGACAGCUAUCUCUGCUUUGGAGUAUGGUGUACCUGUUACACUCAUCGGAGAGGCUGUCUUUGCCAGAUGUCUUUCUGCUUUAAAAGACGAGAGAGUCGUGGCCAGUAAGAGCCUCGCAGGGCCCCAGGGGGCAAAAUUUACUGGCGACAAGAAACAGUUUCUUGAAGACAUUCGAAAGGCUCUGUAUGCCUCCAAGAUCAUUUCCUACGCUCAGGGCUUCAUGCUCCUACGCCAAGCGGCUAACGAGUUCGGCUGGUCUCUCAAUUAUGGAGGGAUCGCACUGAUGUGGCGAGGUGGCUGCAUCAUCCGGAGUGUGUUCCUGGGAAAAAUAAAGGAAGCCUUCGACCGAGAUACAAAACUGCAGAAUCUGCUAUUGGACAACUUUUUCAGCAAAGCUGUCCAGGACUGUCAGGAGUCGUGGAGGCGGGUUGUAAGUACAGGAGUUCAGCUGGGGAUCCCAAUGCCUUCCUUUACCACCGCACUGUCCUUCUACGAUGGCUACAGACACGCCAUGCUCCCUGCUAACCUGCUGCAGGCUCAGAGGGAUUACUUUGGGGCCCACACAUAUGAGCUGCUCUCAAAUCCUGGCCAGUUCGUCCAUACCAAUUGGACAGGCCAUGGUGGGAAUGUAUCCUCGACAUCUUACAACGCCUAGACUCAGAAGCCCUGUACAGCAGAGAAAACCAUCACCUGAGAUCGGGACCAGGGACCGGGGACCAUGGCACUUGAACUGAGACACUUUCUUCCUGCACUUCUCACCUGAACUACGACCCAGUUCAAGAUUACUAUAGGUUUUUACGACACAUUGAAUUAACAUAGAGCUCUAUUUGUAAUGGAAAACUAUAUUCUAGUGUGUACUCUGUUUAACCAUCUAUCUUUCAGUAAGGUAGCGGUAGGAGACACUUGAGUGGUGUUGAUGAGUCCUCACUUUACUGUGGGUAGAGCUCAGAAUUAAACCUAAACCUGCAGUCUCUCAUUGUACUGUAUUAGGCUAAAUAAAGACUCACUUCCCUUUUUAAUCAAUCUGUUCU